AUGCCUGGAACGCAGAAGCGCCAAAGUGCCGGCGCUGCUACCUCGCCGUUGCAGCAUGCGAGAGAAGCCUCUGCACUCACCGCCUCCCGCUUUGGCUACUUCUGUAUCCCUGACAUGCUGAGACGCCCAUGUGCACGCACGGCCCACAAGCAGCCCUCUUCAAGCGUCAAGGCGAAUGGGCUUCUCCAAUGGAAGCUGGUGAUUUUAUCACGGUCUGGCUCUGCCCAACAGCAGGGCCCUGACAAUCUCCUGGCUUUUGCAACUUUGUCGAAAGAGUGGAUCUUUGGGAGUUCUUGGGAAGCAUUCAACCUCUCGGAGUAA